CUUGGCGUUGUGUUUCAAUGACAGGGAGAACAAUUGAAGCAAAAGAAUGUUGUGGAGCUUGUUGAUGAGUCUCCAGCUGCUGAGCUUGGUUUUCUGGAGAACACAACCGGGAUAGUUUGUGGGCUUAAGAAGCCAGAUUUAUCAAAGAACCGUAGAUACAUUGACACCCGGAUGGACGAGGUAUAUCCGGUCAGAAAAAGCAGCAUUAGGCUGAGGAUGCUUUCUAGAAAAGAAAAUGCAAAGGAAAACAGUCCUGUGGAGCAUAAUGGCAGCCUGAAGAGCUGCUCUGUUCCGUCAGAUUUGGCUGCCAAAAGUCAAUCACAGCUUUCACACCCGGAGGAUUCUUUUGCUUCAGGUACCAGAGAUGGUACAGUGCAAGCUUGUAAAACAACUGAAAAAUGCAGUGAGAAUACAUUUCGUAGUGUUACAGAGCUAUCAGCAGGUGGAGAAAAGCUAUCUGGCCGGGAAACUGUUGAUUUGGACAAAGCUCUGAAAGGACUGGUUGCUCAUGAACCGCCUCCCCAUUCCAGUUUAGCUUCUGAUUCUUCUGAAAGAAAAGGUGAUUUCACUUUGGGAAAUUUAUGCUCGGAAUUCCAUAUUCCUGGUCGAAAGUCUCCUCUGGAUUUUACAUUGAAAACAACUAUGCGGGUGGUGUCCUCUUCCUCUGUAAAUUGGUGAGGCUACUCACAUUCUUG